AUGCCGAAAGUCCAGAAGCCCGCCACCAAGUCGCGCGGAAGGGGACCGAUUGAGAAACCGACUUCCUCGAAAAAUGCGACUGUGCCGAAGAAAUCCACUAUGACAAAGAAACCAUCGACAGCAAAGAAACCGGAUGCAGCACUCGUGGAUUCCAGUGAUUCGGACAGUGAUGACAGCAUACAGGGCGGCGAGCAUCCCCCGAACUAUCUCUUUCACUGUGCGAUGACAUGUAGCGACGAUCCGACGAUUACUAGAGUUCUAUCGAUUCCAUCGAAUUUCACUUUUGCGAAAGUCCAUGAGGUCAUGCAGGUCGCAUUCGGGUGGGCAUUCUGCCACAUGUACACCUUUGAAGUCUCGGGCCUUCCUGGUACAGGACUGGAUGAACAUCCUUGCGUGCUCUCAAUACAAGAACGUGUUGAGGACUUCAUGGAAGUGGUACCGGAGAUAGCAGACAGGGCGAGAGAUGCCGGAAAGUUGAAGCUCAGCGAUGUGUUCGAGAACGACGAGUAUCGUGGUAAAGUAUACAUAUUCUACGAGUACGACAUGGGCGAUAGCUGGGGCCACCACAUUACCUUUUUGGUUCAGCAGGGCAAUGUGCCUGGCAGGCGAGUAAAAAGACUAAACGUCGCUGAUAUCUCGUUUGCCGCAAAGGGUCAUCCAUGUGCCGAGGACUGCGGCGGUGCAGGUGGUUGGGAAGAUCUGAAAGAACUUUUCGCCAAACCUCGAAUGCGAGAUGAAGACGAUAGGAGACAGUGGUACAAGGAGUACUGCGCCAAUGGUGAUCCCAAAGGUCUCAAUCCUUAUUCCUGGAGUAUUCUUGACGUCAACCAGGAAUUGGAGGCGGUUAAAAUGUAA